AUGUUUGGCCUUGAACCGCCCUCUAAGCGACAACGCCUCGAUGUCGUUGACCACGGCCGCUCCCCGAUAGAAACGGCAACCGCAACCGCAGCCGAGGCCGCAUCAACACCAGAGGGAGAGCGGGAGACAGACCGCAACUCGACAAAAUGGCCCAGCUCUCAACCUUAUCCUCACCCGCAAGCGCCAUCAAACUACCCAGAACCGACUAGCUACGCAUCGCCGCACUCCACGGCAAAUAUAAGAACUGUCGAAACAAGCAACACCGACCCCUUCCACUCCUCGCCCGGGAGCUGGUACCAGGAUGGCUUCUCCCAGGACCCAGGCUUCCUUGCGUCGCAGGAAGAACUGCGCGCCAUUCUCUUCACACUUGCGAACUCGGCGGCUCCGACACGCGCGAGUAGCCCAGAAACUGCAAAGAGGGAGUUAGACCUAGACUCCAAUGCGUCGCCGACUACGUCUGUCUCGCGGUCGUAUCAGCGACAGCUCCAUGAGCGGCGGAGGAGAAGGGAAUCCCCGCUCUCAAGUCGAAGACGGAUAGAGUAUUUGAAGAAUUAUGUUGCUGAGAUUGCGCCCUGGCUCGACAUGUUUGACUCCCACUGCACAUUUCGCCAACAACUCCCUGCGCUCUCUCACUCCUUCCCAGCGCUGCUCUACGCAAUCCUUGCCAUCUCCGCACGCCAAAUGGAACGCAAGUCCGGCAUCCAGGACUGGUACGACAGUCUAGAGCUCUACCAAGAGGCAAUUCGGCUUCUGAGCCCGCUUAUCCAGGUCCGUGACCCGAAGAUUGUCGCGGCUUGUGUGUUGCUCUGCUGUCUGGAGAUGAUGUCCGCCCGGGCGCAGGACUGGCACCGGCACUUGGAGGGGUGUGCGGCAUUGUUCGAAGCCAGUGGAAUUCAUGGAUUCUGUGGGGGGUUACUGCAGGCCGUCUUUUGGUGUUAUGCAAGGAUGGAUCUUUGCGGUGCGCUGAUAUCAGAUGGAACAAGGACGACUGUUUUACAUCCUUCUAAGUGGCUUCCGAUUGGGUGCCAGGAGGAAGACGCAUACAGGUUAUUUAAAGAUGUGCGGACCCCUGACAUGCACGCAAACUACGCCGUGUAUUUAUCCGUGAAAACAACCGAGCUCGUAUCCAACCGCACCAAAUUCGUCGAGCUUGGCGAAGACAACGGCUGUACGACCGAAGUAUUCACUUCCCGCUGGACAUCAUUAUGGAGCGGCCUUCAGACCUGGCUCGCCGAACGACCCUCAGAACUGGUCCCCAUCCAAACAAUAAGCCGCAAGCCGUUCCCACACAUCCUUUUCGUGCACUGGUCGGCUAUCUCCUCAAACCAGCUGUACCACACUUCUUGCAUCUUAUUGCUAAAGAUGAUGCCCAAAGGCUUGCGACUGCCGCGGUCGCCAACGCUGUCUCUACUCUGGCAUGCGCGCCGCAUAUGCGGAAUUUCAACAAGCAAUAAACACCAAGGUUGUCUGAAUAAUGCUAUCCAGCCUCUGUGGAUCGCGGGGCGCCUAUUCAGCCACGCCUCAGAGCACGAGCAGAUUGUCAAGAUCAUUCGCGACAUUGAGGCCGAGACCGGUUGGGGUGCUUGUUGGCGUAUUCGCGAUUUGGAGGUUGCGUGGGGAUACAGUGUUAGUAGCCGGAGGGAGACGACCAUGAACCAACAUUUCUCAACGUCAAUCGAUCAGCGACGUAUCAUUGUCGGGUGA